CGGCGCCAGUCCCGCGCAGGCGCUCUGCCCCUGGCGGCGCUGCUUCCGCCAUGUCUGGUGAGGGCGCGCAGGGUGUUGGAAGCCCUCCUACGAUGGGUUUGCCACAACAGGUGGUGGCCAGGUACCAGCACUCAGAGCCGGUCUUUGGGGUGGUGGCCCCGGAGCUUCUUCAAGAUGCUCUGCUGCAAAUGGCUAAGGAGAAUGAACAAGAUUUACAGGAGCUGAGCGAUGAGACCGGCUGCUUCAAGGAGACACAGAUAGUGGAGUUUGUGUUUCUUUUGUCUGAAAAAUGGAGCCUACCUGAACUUGCAAGAUACCAAGCAAUUGAAAUAUUUGAAAGGUUCAUGCUCAUGGUUAUCCAAGAGUUCUCCAUUUCCCCUCGAGCAGAAGACGACGAAAGCAACUGGGUCUCACUGAGGAAGCAGAUUGGUGACACGUAUGUGCUACGCCUGGUCUCCUGCAUCCAGCUAGCUAGCAAAAUUUCCUUCCACUACAGCACAGUCAACAACACCAUGGUCCAGAGGUUCUUGCAGUCAAUGGGUUUCUCUUAUACUAUGGAGGAUUUGCUGGAAUCAGAACUUGCCAUUCUGAAAGCUCUGCAUUUCCAGAUCAACGUUCCAAAUCCUUUAGCUUACACGGAGUUACUGUUGGAGGUCUUAGAGUACAAUGGCUGCUUGCUUCCCAUGGAACAGAUGUACACCAUGUGCCACCAUCAGUUGCUUUUGACAUACCUCCUGCAGGGCAGCAUCUACAACACCCUGCUAAAGGCUUCAAUUGAAAACACAUCACCCAAUGAACUCCAGCUAGGCAAGUUCUCAGCGGUGAGAAAAGAUCUGGUGCUGUUGGCUGUGGGAGUCAUCGGGGCAAGUGCUUUCCUGCUGCACACUGAAGGCUGGAGCCAGGUUGCAGAGAACCUCAGCGACAUCACCAGCAUCAGCACGCAGAGCAUCGUUGAGAUAGUCGACGCGAUCUUGAAGCACAGCAUCGACUCCACUGUGGGGGACAGCAGAAGUGUCCCUCCCUGACCGUCAGUGCUCUGCUGGCUCGGAUGUACUCAUUUAUUUAUUAAAAUGUUUAUGUUUCA